AUGGAACGUAAGAAUGGUCAAGAUGUUGUUUCCUGGACUUGGAUGAUUUCGGGUCCUGCUAAGUGUGGCUUUGUAGAGGAAGCAAUUCUUAAGUUUAUGUCCAUGGAUGUAGAGCCUAAUUAUGCUACUCUUGUCAUUGCUAUGUCUGCUUGUUUUAGUUUAGGAGCUUCCAAGUUUGGUAAAGUUGUUCAUGGCUAUUGCCUGAGGAAUUUACGUGGAAGGAAUAUUAUUUUGGACAAUGCAGGGUCGGAUUUCUAUUUGAGAUGUGGGUCUUUGGUGAGUGCCAGAGGCUUUUGUGAAGAGGCAGCGAGGCUUUUCCAACAAAUGGUACAAGGAGGGGAAGCUGAGCCUAAUGAGGCUACCAUUGUCAACAUAUCGUCAGCGUGUUCUUCGAUUGGGGCACUGAGUUUAGACCAGUGGAUUCAUCCCUAUCUCUUUUCGCUUAUGCUAGUCCACGGGGUUCCUCCUGAUGAUGUAACCUUCCUUGGCUUGUUAUCAGCAUGCAGUCACACAGGCCUAGUUGAUCAAGGGUUGAUAUUCCUUAAUGCUAUGAAAGAUGUUUACGGGAUUGUUCCUAAAACGCAGCAUUAUGCUUGUAUGGUUGAUAUGUAUGGCCGAGCAGGGUUCUUGGAAGAAGCAGAGGGUUUCAUUAAAGAAAUGCCAACAAAAGCAGAUGGCUCUGUUUGGGGAGCGCUGCUUAAUGCUUGCUGGAUUCAUGGGAAUGAUAAGAUGUUUGAGAGGAUCAGGGAUGGUCUCCUCAAGAGUAGAGGAUUAAGCACUGGAACUUAUGCUCUAUUGUCGAAUAUGUACGCUAAUCACGAUAGAUGGGAUGAUGCUAAUGAGGUUCGUGAUGAAAUGAGACGGAUGUAG